AUGAUCGCCCAAAAUGUUCUCGCUGCCUUUGUUGGCCUUGCAGUUGGUGUCCAGGCUGGCCCAUGCAAGCCUUCGUCAGUGACAACCACGACCGACACAGCGUCCACCGAGGUCACUUCAAUCACUAGCAUCGCCACUUCUGGAGAGCCAACCACCACUACCGAAGCUGCUACUACUACCACCAGCCCGGGCGAAUAUGUCUGCCUCAAGGACCCUGCUCCGGUUGGCAAGGGGUGUAACGCCCGGGGCGGUGGUCAGGGUGACUUGCAGACAAUGGGCAACGCGAAUACGUUGACGCUGGCCUCCUGCUACAAGUCUUGUCUGGACAGACCUGGGUGUAUUGCAAUCUCCUUGCAGCCUGGUUUGUGGUGCGCACUGUGGGCUGGAUCAUUCACCGGUACCAGCGGUGGUGAAUCGGCUUGGUCUUGGUACGACAUGGACUGCUUCUGUGACGAGUCUUCAAGCACCACAAGUGGCUUGGCUACCGGGACGACAGCCACCGAAGCUAUAACUAGCGAACUUACAACUUCAUCUGUCAAACUCACUUCGACCACCGAGACUGCUCCUGCUAUAACCACUACCACUGCACCAGGCGAGUCCUGCGUUAACAAUGAGAGGAGUCCUGUACCAUCCGACAAGGUCUGCAAUAAACAUGGCUACUACGACGGUACUACCAUGAUAGAGCUGGGCAGUCCAUCCGGUGCCAACACGAAGGAGUCCUGUCGCGAUGCUUGCCACGACACCAACGGAUGUGCUUAUUUUGCCUUCUCUCCUAAUCAGUUCUGUUCACUAUACGGUGGCACCAUUGAGGCCGUAACUGAUCAAGUGACGACUUACAUUUGGUAUGACAUGGACUGCUUCUGCGACUUGGAUGAGCCAGACUACUGA